AUGAUCGUCCCAUUUCUGGCCUCCCUCCUCGCAGGCGUCCUCUUCGUCAUCGUCGUCAGCUAUGGCUUCACCACGCUCGCCUGGCUGCGCCGAACCCUCGGCAACGCCAUACCGACCCGAUAUCACCCCGCCGAGAGGCCCGAAGACGAGAGGAUUCAGAUCUUGGUUCUGGGCGACGUCGGACGGAGCCCCCGUAUGCAGUAUCAUGCCAUCAGCGUCGCAAAGCAUGGCCGCAAGGUCGACAUUGUCGGAUACAAAGAAACGGCGAGGCAUCCCCAGCUUAUUGGCAACCCGCGCGUCACCAUGUAUCCUCUCACGCCAACGCCCGAGUGGAUCGUCUGGGGCAACCUGCCCUUCUUCAUCAACCUUCCCUGCAAGGUGAUGCAGCAGUUCUGGACCCUCUUCUACACGCUCAUGUUCGCGACGCCUCCGGCGCAGUGGAUCAUCAUCCAGAAUCCGCCAUCGAUCCCGACCUUUCACGUUGCCCUCCUCGUCUCCUUGGUGCGCGGUAGCAAGGUGAUUGUGGACUGGCACAACUACGGUCACUCCAUCCUAGCCCAAAAGAUUCUGUACCGACCCCUCGUUCCCUUUUACCGAUUUUACGAAAUGGAGUUUGGACGAUUCCUCGGCAACGCCAAUCUCUCGGUGACGGAUGCCAUGGCUCGGGAGCUCAAGGGGGGGCAAGUCGUGCUCAAGGGCCCCGUCUACACGCUGCACGACCGACCGGCGGAAAUCUUCCAGCCCCGACGGUCAACUAAGGAACGCUACGCCUUCCUGUCCAAGCUGCCGGAGACGAAGAGCCAGGCGGCGGAUAUUGUCGAGGGCACGGUCCGGCUCAUCGUGAGCAGCACCUCGUGGACGCCCGACGAGGACUUUAACAUCUUGCUCGAUUCCCUCGUCGCCUACGCCAACGCCGAAGCCGACGCCGACGUCGACGCCGAGCCGCCUUCGCCGAUUCUCGCCGUCAUCACGGGCAAGGGUCCGGAGAAGAAAAAGUAUCUCGAGAAGAUAGCCUCGCUCCAAGACGGCGGCCGACUCCCCGGCGUGCGCAUCGUCACCGCCUGGCUCUCCAGCCGCGACUACGCAGCGCUGCUCGCCGCCGCCGACCUGGGCGUCUCCCUGCACAAGUCGAGCUCGGGCGUCGACCUGCCGAUGAAGGUCGUCGACAUGUUCGGGUCUGGCCUGCCCGUGGCCGCCUACUCGGCCUUUGAGAGCUUCGGCGAGCUCGUCAAGGAGGGCGAGAACGGCUGCGGGUUCGAGACGGCCUCGCAGCUGACCGCGAUCCUUCGUCGGCUGUUCAGCGUCGCCGGUGACGAGGAGCUGGCUACCUUGAGGCGGGGUGCCGUCAAGGAGGGGGCUCUGCGGUGGGAUGACGAAUGGGACCGGGUCGUGGCACCCUUGAUCGGAUUCACCAAUGACAAAUAG